AUGCGGCCAACUUGGAAAAGCGGCCGUUUGCUUUUUGGCUUAGUUUUUGCGGUGUCGUCGAUAACGUUUGCGCUUGCCGAGACAGUGAAACCUUAUGAAAAAUUCAAGGAAACAUUGACCAUAAAACCUCUUUCGGAUGGAAAAUUAUUGACUCACCUUCAGUUCAGUGUGAGACUCGCGAGAGGCAAGGAGGGAACGUCGCGUACGAGACAAUUUCUUGAUUUAUCCAGUUAUAACGCUCGGGAGUUGCACCUGACAUUCACUCAAGGUCGAUGGAAUUAUGAGGAAUGGGGAUAUCCGGUGGUACCGUCGGCCGGAACAGGAGUUGAACUUUGGGCGUGGCUUUGGAAGGACGGAAAGUUGGAUGCAAACUGGAAAUCACUGACGAACGCCCUUGCGGGUCUCUUUUGCGCCUCUCUAAAUUUCAUAGAUGAUACCGUCACCGUUCGGCCAAAGCUAUCAUUUCGACCCGAAGGGUCUUAUAACGCUUCCGAGUUGUUUGAACGCGCCGAAUUGAGGCACGGUUCUCUACCACAUGAAAAUGUUUGCACCGAAAAUUUAACGCCUUGGAUCAAGCUCUUGCCUUGUAAAGCCACGUCCGGUAUCGCUUCUCUUUUGAACGGGCAUAAGUUGUACAACUCCAAUUUUCAUUCAAUGUCAAUUCAUGUCCGACCGUUAUGUGAGGAUCCUGAGUGCACAAACCAACAAUUGGAAUUGCUGCAAACUGUAUCCACGGUUGUUGAUCCCGUCAGGAGGUCGGGAAAGAGAGAUUGGUCAUUGAGCGAAGUCUUUGGUCAUAAACUCACGCAAGCAUGUCCAUUGGCCGAGGAAAGUAAACUUGAAGUAAUAUUGCCCGGAGGUGAUGUUGGUUAUAAGAUAAGUCCGGAUGCGGAUGCCAUCACAAGUGCCAUCGAUGGUGACACGAACGAAAGGAUUGCUGUAUAUGAUUUAAAGAGGGUGCAACCCGGUACAGAAAUUUCAAUGACGUGGGACGAAGAAAAGUUUGAUUAUGGUUACGGUCAAGAAAGAGGUGGAAUAAAAAUAAACAUUUUUAACAAAAGUCCGAACUCCUCAAUUCCAAUUAUAUAUUAUGAUGUCAUCCCGUGGUACUUGAGAUUGUAUUUGCACACGCUUAAAGUCCAGGUUAAUGGAAAGGACAUUAUUUCCGACAUAGAGCAUCCAAUCAAGGACCUUUUUUAUCAACCGGCAGUGGAUCGUUCCCGGCCACACGUAAUUGAAGCCGAGGUAUCAUUACCGCCCAACUCUUUGACAACUUUAUCGAUCAAUUUUGAUAAGGUCUUUCUGAAGUAUACCGAAUACCCACCGGAUGCCAAUAGGGGCUUCGACAUUGGAUCCGCGGUGGUGUCAACCAUUUCGCCACAAAUGGUUGAUGAUUUAGAUUAUGUGAGCGCUAGGAAAUGUAUCGUCAAUAACGACGGCGGCGGUAAUAAUAAUUUGUCGGGAGUUGUAGGGUGCCUAUAUUUUCCGAUUAGAAUAUACACCGAGACACUUUUGGUCAGUUUACCCACGCCCGACUUCAGUAUGCCGUACAAUGUUAUCACAUUGACUUGCACUGUUAUCGCUUUGUUUUUUGGCAGCAUGUUCAACCUGAUGACCAGAAAUUUUGUGGCAUUGGAGAAAGAUGACUCGGCCAAUACUAAAAAAGAUGGGCCUUCUUUACCCGAGAUAUACGCAACCGCUUCAAGUGAAUACUGGGAAAAGAUGCAUUCCAAAGUCGCCUUCGUCCUACUCCUUUUUACCUUGUUCUCUCUGAUUCACUCGCUUCCACGACAACCUUCUAAGGAAACCUCCUCUGACAUUUUGAAAGGAGAUGAGAACUUGGCCGCUCCGAAGACCGAAUUCUUUCCUUUACCCGAUGAUUUAGGAUUUGAAAGUCCCGAGUCCAAUGGCGAGAGGGAAGAACAUCAUGUCCAAUGUGAGGCAUUACCAAGUGACUACGAGUCCGAUGAAGUUGAAGCUAAUAGAGAACGAAAAGGUGGACGUGAUUAUCGUGACGGUUAUCGUAAUGGUUAUCGUGACGAUCAUCGACAUCAUCGAAACGACCGCACAUCGGGUCACGAGAAGGUCGAAAAAGUUGGGCAAUUGAACCAAAGAAAAGGAAGUUAA